CUUCGCCGCCGCCGCCUCCUCCUCCUCCUCAUCAUCAUCCACCCCCGAAUUGCCUCAUCCUGAUCUGACCCGCAUCUACCCAACACCACCCUUUGCGAUCCGCUUGCGAUCUUGCCGGACUCUUCCUUGCCACGCCCUCGCAACAAAUCGACGGCUAGCCUAGCAAUCCACAAUGGUUGGCAAGAAGUCGGGCAAGGCCCUCCUUCGGGAUGAAGGUCUGGAGCGGACGGAUAACAAUAUGGAGUUGUCGAACUGGCCGCAGGUUCCUCCAAUUAACCAGAAAAACUACUACACAGAUUACCUGAAGCGCGAUGAUCAGUACCUGGCGUUCAGGCUGCAGAAUGAGGAGAACCGGAAUCGCAUGGCAAAGACCGCCAAGGACCGGGACCGUGCCCUAGCCAUGGCAAAGGCCAAUGACCUGGGCAUACCGGAAGCAGAGGCGGAAGUGGACGGGGAUACCAACAUGGAAGAUGCGGAAGAGGCCAAUGAAGAAGCGGUGGGCUCUAAGGUCAUUGUUAUUCAUGUCGGGAGUCAGAACUUGCGGAUUGGAUUUUCCAGCGAUGCCCUCCCCAAGACCGUCCCGAUGGUGAUCGCCCGGAAGUCUCGUACCAGUGAAUCCGAGGACCGAGAGGAGCCCUGUCCCAAGCGCUUAAAGAUGGACGAUGGCUCGGAUAUGGAGCCCGAUAAAAUUUUUGGGCCUGAGUUUUCUUCGCAGUAUACGACGAUGAUGGCGGAUCUCAAAACCCAUAUGCGACAGAACAAGCGUCGGACACUGCCAAACUCAAAGGAAAUGGUCAUCAACUUCAACCGGAGAACAGUACCGGAAACCAUCUCGGAGCACAACGACCCCCUGCGCGUUGACUGGACGGAGAUUCCGGAACCAGCACCUGAGUACAUCGUGGGACAGGCGGCUUUGAGGAUCCCCGAUGCCUCCAAACCACGCUACAAACUGUUUUGGCCUAUAAAGCAUGGCUGGUGCAAUGAGGGAGACUAUGACAGCAAGAGACUUCUCUUUCUCGACAUCUCCCUCAUUCUGGAAGACGCCUUCAAGACCCAGUUGGGUCUCACCAGCAAGAAGGACUGGCCCCAGUACUCCUGUGUCUUCGUCAUUCCGGAUAUCUACGAAAAGUCGUACGUGACCCAGACUCUUGACCUGCUCAUGACGGAGUUUGCCUUCGCCCGGGUGUGUUUUAUCCAGGAGAGCCUGGCAGCUACGUUUGGCGCAGGGUUCACCUCUGCGUGCGUCGUCGACAUUGGCGCGCAAAAGACAUCGAUAUGCUGCGUCGAAGAAGGGAUGUGCCUUGAGAAUUCGCGCGUGAAUCUUAAGUACGGAGGAUCGGACGUGACGGAAACAUUCAUCAGGAUGAUGCUUCACGAUCACUUCCCCUACGCCGAUAUCAACCUCUGGCGCCGUUAUGAUUACCUCUUGGCCGAGGAGCUGAAGAAGAGCGUCUGUACCAUGAACGAGGCAAGCGUCUCAGUGCAGGUGUUCGAUUUCCACCUCCGUGUCGCCGGUCAAGAUACCCGAAAGUACUCAUUCAAGGCUUACGAUGAGGUCCACCUUGCCCCGAUGGGCUACUUCCAGCCGAGCAUAUUCGACAACUCGCAGAAGCUGAAGGGACGACGGAAACUGAUCGGUCGAUCGGUUGACAUCUACGACGGGCAGCCGAACGACCCCACGUCGAUCGCGCAAUCGCAGAUCCUGUCUAGCAUUGCGCCCUCGUCCAAUGGCCAGGUGAACGGCGAUUUGCAAUCGAACAACACCCUGGAGGUCCAGGCCACCCCGAGUCGGGCCCAGCCAUCCAAUGCUCUCAGUCGCGUGCAAGAGCUGGAAGGUACUCCCCGGUCAUCUGUCGCCGGAUCACCGGCCCCAGAGGCAGUCGGCACCCCUCAAGCCGGAGCCACCCCCGUGCCGGGUGGACAGGGUCCGGCCACAUCGCAGCCCCGGGCACCCACCGUCGAAGAGCGGGAUGAUAUCCUACCCGUGUUCCCGCUGGACAAUGCAAUCUUGACCUCCAUUGCUCAGGCUGCUCGAUCGGACGAGCGCAAAAUGCGAGACUUCCUCGGCGGCAUCAUGGUUGUCGGAGGCGGGAGCUUGGUGAACGGGCUCCACCCCUUCCUUGAGGAGCGUCUCCAGACUCUGCGGCCAGCGUUCGCGAAGGAGAUCAUGAUCGGUACGCCCCCGAGAGAACUGGAUCCGCAAGUGGUUGUCUGGAAGGGGGCGAGUGUGUUUGGCAAGUUGAAUGGAACCAACGAUAGUUGGAUUGGGCAGCUGGAGUACGACCGGCUGGGACAUCGACUGAUGGCUUACAAGUGCAUGUGGGCCUACUGAGGAGUCUGUCUGUCUGUCUGUCUGUCUGUCUUUUGGGGUGGUUUGGUUUGCGAUACUCAUGUAACUCUAUUGAAUCUUUGGCUAGCUUUCUGUUUUUGUAAGACCGGACGGGCGUUCAGCGCAAUGAGAU